AGUGGAGGCUGUGAGCGGCAUGCGGGCGGGCAGGCGCCCUGGGCAUGGGGACCCCGCGGGCGCCGUGGCCGCUCCUCUGGGCUGUGCUGCAGCUGGGCUGCUGGCCAGGAUGGCUCCUAGAGGCCUCCAGCAGGCCCUGGAGCGCCCUCACCUUCUCCCCCGCCCGGCUGGUCGUGCCCGAGGGGGCAAACGCCACCUUCACCUGCAGCUUCUCCAGUAAGCCGGAGCACUUCGUCCUCAACUGGUACCGCAUGAGCCCCAGCAACCAGACAGACAAGCUGGCCGCCUUCCCCGAGGACCGCAGCCAGCCCGGCCGCGACCAGCGCUUCCGCGUCACGCCGCUGCCCGAUGGGCAGCACUUCCUCAUGAGCGUCGUGGCUGCCCAGCGCAACGACAGCGGCGUCUACUUCUGCGGGGCCAUCUACCUGCCCCCCCGGACGCAGAUCAACGAGAGCCACCCCGCGGAGCUCACAGUGACAGAGGGGGUCCAGGAGCCGCCCACGGAGCCCCCCAGCCCCCAGCCCAAGCCUGAAGGCCAGAUGCAGAGCCUGGUCAUCGGCGUCACUAGCGUCCUUCUGGGGGUCCUGCUGCUGCUGCUGCUGAUCUGGGUCCUGGCUGCGGUCUUCCUCGGGGCUACUCGAGGGGGCUGCGCCCGCAGGAGCCAAGACCAGCCUCCGAAGGAGGGCUCCCCCUCUGUGCCAGCCGUCACAGUGGACUACGGGGAGCUGGACUUCCAGUGGCGGGAGAAGACCCCGGAGCCCGCGGCUCCCUGCGUCCCCGAGCAGACGGAGUACGCCACCAUCGUGUUCCCAGGCCGCAGGGCGUCUGCCGACAGCCCGCAGGGGCCCUGGCCUCUGAGGACCGAGGAUGGACACUGCUCUUGGCCCCUCUGACCAGCUUCACCGGCUGGGCAGAGUCCUUCAGACCCUCCGCCCAGAGCCACGGCUGGCCGCCUUCCCUGGAGAAGUAUACGGUGGAGAGGAGAGCAACAGGCCACCGAGGGCUUGAGCCCAGCCCACAGGGGACCUCCCCGCACCUGCCUGUGCCCACCAGCCCUGCCUGGCUCCCCUUUCAAUGCUUGCAGCGACCCGGGGACAGGAAGCAUCACUGUCCCUAAGGGCAAGGGAGGGAGCCUCGCCCAGGACCCAGGCCCAGCCCUGGACUGAGCUGGCUGGAGCUCCACUUACACAGGCCCACUGCCUCCCAGGGGAGCCUGGGGCCUGGAGACUGCCGUGGCGCAGGCCGGUAGACCCAGCACUUGGGUCGCUCAAGGGGCGCAUGGGGAUGUGCACGAGGUCAGGGUUCCCCAGGCCCUCUGGCUCCCCCAGGCCCGGAAAGAGCCAGGGCGGCAGUUGGCCCUCUGCCCGCACACACACCAGGCCUUUGCGCAGCCCAGGAAACAGGCAAUGGAGGGAGUUGGCAGAGCUGCAGUCAGCCGCUGAAACCCUCCUGGGGGCGUGGGGUCUCCAUGCAUCCCCACGUCUCCUGAACGCCCAUUCACGGUGCUACUCAGCGGGGUCUCAGCCAGGCUUCCCCAGGGUGCUGGGGCAAGGCCCCUCCCGUGUGGCCAGGGUCAGCUCGGCCUGGGUGGGGGGCGUGCGUCCCAUGCAGGGGUCCACACACAGUGCCCACCUCUGUUACACUGUAAUUAAAGAGUGAGAACACUCAGGAAA